AUGAAAGGAGUAGGAGAUAGUAUCGGUGAAUAUGUAUAUUUAGGAAUUGAGAAUGGUCUUAAUGGAUAUGUAGAUCCAAAAGUACAUAGAAAUGAUAGCAUACUUCUCCAAAUAAAUGUUGAUGGGGCAUCUCCAUACAAUUCUAGUACGAAGCAAUUAUGGGCCAUAUUGUGCAAAGUUCUUUUUAAUCCAAAUAUAUAUUCACCUUUUACUGUAGCGUUAUAUUACGGAGAUACAAAACCAGGCAAUGUAGAUGAAUACAUGAAUGAUUUUAUAGAAGAGAUAAAUUUAUUACAAAAGAACGGUAUUGUCGUAGAUAAAAAGAAAUAUACUGUACAACUACUGCAUAUAAUUUGUGAUAUCCCUGCAAGGAAAUUUUUAAAACAAAUUAAAGGACAUGGAAGAUAUGCAGCUUGCGAACGGUGCGAGGUGAAUGGAACACGUGUAGGAUAUCCUAAUCAACGUGUUGUUUAUCCUGAUUAUGAUUGUCAUCCAAGAACCGAUCAAUCAUUUCGAGAACAGCGGCAAAAAGAACACCAUCUAAAUAUGUCACCAUUAUUGCACAUACAGCCACCAAUCGACUUAAUUUAUAGUUUUCCUAUAGAUUAUAUGCAUAUGUGUUGUUUAGGAAUCAUAAAAAAGUUUUAUGUAAUGGAUCUACUCUUCAACAAAACUGCUGUGCGAUUAAAGUCAAGUCUUAAAAAAAAUUAUCUGAACGAGUAA